AUGCAGGACUACCGCGCUGAAAUUCAAGUCAUGGCGCGCGCGUACCAGUAUCGGCUUCAUCCCUUUGCAUUAAAGAGCUUUUCAGACUAUCUUGCAAAUACGACCGGGGACAGUGAAAGGCGACGAGAUGCACUCCGAGACCUCUUUGCGACGCUCCAUAAGCUGUGCGCGGCGGACCGAUUUGUGGAUGAUGCAAAAAUGCGGCUGGCGAUUGCGCAGCUGUCGGUCAGGGAUAGAGGAGCUUCUGAGCGGGAAGGCGCUCCAACGGUUAUUCCCAUUCCCUUAGAGGAUACGCCCUGCGUGUACAUGGAUGAGCGGACAGGCGAGAUCAAGGUGCAGCGCACAGGGCAUGAGGACGGUCGUUUCACUGUCCUGCGGCAACGUUAUUUAUUUGCGCAGCGGCGUUGUCUACGAAGUGGCUUGUUUCGUCGGGAUCUUAACAAGCGGUCCUUGAAUCAGAAUAUCCCCCCCUUACUUCCAAUUAUAGCGCUUGAGGGAAUAGAUGCCUCUGAGCAUGUGGCAGUGCUAGGAAUGAUUGUUAGUCGCCUCAAUGAGACCUAUCUGGAAGACUUGCACGGUCAGGUUCGACUCGUGUUUCGUGAGGAGGUGCCUCCUCUCCUUGGUAUGGUGGGGGAUGGGUUUUUGGUUGUUGUCCGAGGACGGUGGUCGAACGGGGUUCUCGGGGUUAUCAGCAUAGAGCUUCCUCCCGCAGAGAGGCGAGAGGACACGCUUCGGGACAUUGGCUCAGAUUACGACCUUUUUGGUUACAGACCAACGGAUAUGGCGGCUGCACAGCUGCAGGAAAAGAAUUCACUUCAGUCAGUGAUGAUUGUGAUGUCGCACGUUUACCUCGAUCAGCCAUCGACGGUGAAUAAGUUGGUUUACUUUUUCAAGGAGAUGCAGAAUCGGACCGAAAGCGAGCUCGUGAACACGACCUUGGUGAUGGUGGGUGAUUUUUCCUCUUCGACGACGCAGUACGAUGACGUCUUGCAUCUUCCUGACCCAUUUGAGGGCGGCGAUCGCUACAAACUGCUCAUGGACGCCCUCGCCACGCUGAUUGCGACGCACGCGCCGAGGCUUGCGCAACACGCCCAGGUUGUCCUCGUCCCCGGGUCCAACGACGUGACGGGGCUUCUAGGCGUCUUGCCGCAGCCUCCCAUCGUGGGUGCUUUCACGAAGACGCUGCAGUCGCGCCUGAAAAAGGUUGUCUUUGCCCCAAAUCCGUGCCGCCUGCGGUUUUUUACGCACGAGAUGGUGGUGGCGCGCCGAGACUUUUUUCGCUCGCUGCGGGAAAGCGGGCGUGCGUUUAAUUGGGCCACCGCAGACGCCCCCAACUCCAUCACCGCCUUUGAAAGCGUCGCGAAGACGAUCCUGGACGAGGCACACUUGGCACCCGAAGUCAAGGAGGGGAUUUUGUGGAAGGCGGAUGGGACGCUUUCGUUGCUGACGCUUCCGCACCUCCUCGUCCUCUGCGACAGCACCGAGCAGUGGGAGUGCACCUACAAGGGAGUUCGUGUGGUGAACCCGGGCUCGUUUUCCCUCGCCUCAACCUUCCUGUGGUACACCCCCUCCGAUGGCGAAUGCAGCCUCAGCAGCGUCGAGUCCUGA